AUGCAAGGCACGUUCGAGAGUAAAAAAGCGCCGGUGGAAGAAACAAUAGUUCACAUUAUAAAUCGGGUAACGGUUCUUACAACAGACCUGGACUUGACUAUAUUGGAUGAUCGACUGCAUGAUAGGAUUGAAAUCGGUUUACCUCCGGCACGGCCCAUUCCUUCUGCAAGUGUCGUCGCCGAGAUUUCUGCCCAGGAGCCUUGGGCAUAUAUGAUGAACGCUGUUCGCCAGUACGCCGAAAACAUCAGCCACAAAGAUUCCACAGACCUACAGAAGGAUGACAUCCAACUGUCUUUCUAUGAGCUCUUUCCGGGCAAUGAGCUCCCCAUGUGGGCUCCACAGAUGGUUACUGAGAAUUCAACCCUAGAUGAUCAACGUGCCGCUUCGACAAGAUCAAAAACUGACAAUGCGGAAGCAUACUGCGCUACAUCGUUCAAUCUGCCAUUUGACGGUGAUGAUUCUAUAAUCGAAAUCGAAGUCUUAGAUUCCCCCACUAGCUCCGUAUUGGUGGAAAACGUAUCUUUCUGCUCUUCCGAAGCAGAAGAGAUCACCUCAAAUGGAUCUGGAAGCACUUUUGGCUCUCUCUCCGAAGACUAUUCCAAAGGCCACGUCGAAGUCUCAUCGGUCUUCAAUUCUCUGGCUACUGAUAAAGAGCGGGACGAUCACAUCAGAAAACUGGCAGAAGAAUUCAAGAGAGAUUGGGGGUUUGACUUUGAAUUCUCAUCAAACGACGGAACAUUCCCCGGACCAUCUUCUGUUAUGGAUUGCAACGAAGGAACAGUCGUAGCGAUAAAUAUGGACGAAUCAGUCUUUUUAUCGCGGAGAUCUUUCGAGGGUGGUGACGCCGAUCAAUCUUUUAAUCCUCUCUUCGACGGUCAAGAUGGUAUGAUUGAGUUUGAGAACUUGGUUGAUGAUGAACACACAAUGGGUGAUGCCGAUGAUCAAUCCCACGAUCUCAACUGCCUCGAUCAAGAAAGACGAGAAAAGCAGUGGCUAUCUGCACAGAGACACUCAAUAGCGAUUCGAUUGAACCCAUUCCUUUCACAUCUGUUCAAUUAG